AUGUCAGAAAACCAGUAUGCUCCCUUGACUCCAGCAGUUGUUCGUAUUCUAACAGAUAAGCUUUAUGAAAAGAGGAAAUCAGCAGCUUUAGACAUUGAGAAACAAGUUCGAGAUCUCUAUGCCUCUAAUCAGCUUUCUCAAUUGGACAAAUUACUCACGGUGCUCCGUGAGUUGGCUAUGGGAUCCAGCAGCCACACCAGACAAGGUGGGCUGAUUGGCUUAGCUGCUGCUGCCAUUGCUUUGGGAAAGAACGCUGGUCCUUUCACUACUAACCUGAUAGAGCCCGUUUUGGCUUGUUUCAAUGAUCCAGACCUGAGAGUUCGCUACUAUGCCUGUGAAUCUUUAUAUAAUAUCGUGAAAAUAUGUAAAACUGGAGUGUUGGAACACUUUGAGCAAUUGUUUGAUGUUUUGUGGAAGCUUUCUGCUGAUUCUGAUCAGAACGUACGAAGUGGAGCUGAACUGUUGGAUAGAUUAUUGAUGGACAUAGUUGUAGCACAAGAUAACUUCGAUAUCGCCAAGUUGAUGGUCCUACUUCGUGAAAGAAUAUAUGGACAAAUAAGCUCACAUCGUCGAUUUAUCGUCUCAUGGUUAAACACGCUGUUGACUACACCUAGUUUCAACUUACUUCCAUACUUGUCAGAAGUUUCGGAUGGGCUCCUGAAAAUGCUCGGUGAUGCUCAACCUGCCGUUCGGGAUGUCACCGAAACCGUUUUGGGCCAAUUCCUGUUAGGCAUCAAGAAUAACCCACUAGCCCUGAGCGAUGCUGAUCGAGCUCAGAUUGUUAAUGUGCUCAUAGUACACUCACAUGAAGAUGAAACCGCCCUGUGUCGUCGUUUAGCCUUGAGCUGGAUGGAUGAAUUCAUAAGAAUUUAUCAGGAGAAACUGCUGCCGUUCCUGGCUCCUUACUUGAAAGCCAUACUUCCAUCCCUGGAGAAUGAUGGAUUGAAAGCUAAGAGUAUUAACGAGUACCUGCUCAAUUUAGUUAACGAAAAAUCUGAAAUAGAUCAUGAAGGAAUGGAUAAUGUGAUUGAUGUCCUUCUUCUCAAUAUUCAGCACAACCGUGACGACACCAGGAUUGCGGUUCUCAAUUGGAUUAGGCAUUUGCAUGUGAACUUGCCUGUUCAGCUCUUUGUUCAUAUGGAUCGGAUCUUUCCUCGUUUGUUGGCUACUCUAUCAGAUACAUGCGACAAGCUUUCUUCCGUAUCACCCUUCCUCAUCAAGUUUUCCAUUUCCUUACUCGAAAUGUUCCGUGCUGACACUGACCUUCUGAAUGAUCGAGGAGUAUUGAUUGUGCGACAACUUUGUCUUCUACUUGAUCCAGCUCACAUCUUCUUAGCUUUGAGCGUUCUGUUGCUGGAAAAAGAAGAGAAUGUCACAUUCAUUCAGAAAGUUGUUUCAAUGCUUCAUGGUGUACUAUUAACAGCUACAGAGUUGUUCGUUCUCCGUGACCAACUGAAAGACUUGAAAGAUCCAGAAACUGUUCCUCUGUUCGAAUGUAUUUUCCGAUGUUGGUGUCAUCGUCCAAUUGCUCUACUCGGACUUUGUCUUCUGUCUCAACACUACUCGCAGGCUGAGAAGAUAGCUCUGCUGUUAUCAAAAGUGGACAUCACGUUAGAUGUUCUUAUUGAAGUGGAUAAACUGGUCAGCAUGUUGGAGAGUCCUGUUCUAGCCUACGUUCGUAUGGAUUUACUCUCAAACACCCAUCAACGUCAUCUGUCAACUGUGCUUUCUGCUCUUCUCAUGAUUCUUCCUCAAUCGGAUGCUUUCCAUACUCUUCAUAAACGGCUUCAAGCUGUUCCUGCUUUAACGACCGUUGGAAGUAAAGCAGAAGUUGUAAAGGCGAAAGUCAAUUUCGAUUCUCUCUUCACUUAUUUGGAUCAAGCACUUCAGCGAAGACAACAAGAGAUCCGUCGACAUCAUCGGCAGAUAAUGCAGUCAACGCUCAAGCAACUAACUAUUAGCAACUAA